GCGCGCCGCCUGUGAGCAGCUCCAGUCUGAAUCAAACAGCGGCGGAGCUUCAACACUUCCUUAAACCCAUUUAAGAGUUUCAAGUCGAAGCUCCGGGAGAAGCUCGGUUUGAAACGACAAACCCGGCAAAACAACCAAAACUCGUCGUAAAUAAAACCCUCUCCAGUUCGGCGGAAGAGGCUUCGGUGAGUGGUCACCAUGGCACCCUUCCUGCGUAUCUCUCUCAACACUUGUGACGUGGGCGCUCUGCCUCCUCUGACUGACCCUCCCAUCUGUGCCGUCAAGAUGAAGGAGUCUGUCAACACAGAGAGAGGAAAGACCUUGGUUCAGAGAAAGCCCACCAUGUAUCCCGCUUGGAAGUCCACUUUUGAUGCUCACAUCUAUGAGGGGCGAGUCCUCGAAGUGGUCCUCAUGCAGAGCACUGAGGAGCCAUUGGCCAAGGCUACAGUGGGCGUCUCUGUGCUGGCAGAACGUUGUAAGAAGUCUAAAACCAGUGGACGUGCUGAAUUUUGGGUCGACCUGCAUCCUUCAGGAAGGAUUCAGAUGGCUGUGCAGUUUUUCCUGGAGGAUAGUGACACAGUUUCGUGUACGUCAUCAGUGAAGAGUUUUCCUGAAGAUGGAGCCACGACCCUCAACAGGAGGAGAGGAGCUUUCAAGCAGCCGAGGGUUCACGUUAUCAAGAACCACGAGUUCACCGCCACCUUCUUCCACCAGCCCACCUUCUGCUCCGUCUGCAGAGAGUUUGUCUGGGGGCUCAACAAACAAGGUUACAAGUGCAGGCAAUGCAAUGCAGCAAUCCACAAGAAAUGCAUUGAAAAAAUCAUUGGCAGGUGCACUGGAACAGCGGCCAACAGUCGUGACACUAUGUUCCAGAAAGAGCGUUUCAAGAUUGAUAUGCCACAUCGCUUCAAGUACUACAACUACAGGAGCCCCACAUUCUGUGACCACUGUGGCAGUCUGCUGUGGGGUCUCUACAGGCAGGGCCUUAAAUGUGAAGACUGUGGCAUGAAUGUACAUAGUACCUGUCAAACAAAAGUGGCCAAUCUGUGUGGAAUCAACCAAAAACUACUGUCAGAAGCUCUGUUUCAAGUCUCCCAGAAAUCUACGAAGAAGUCUGAUAACUCCGGUGGAGCAGACAUCGGCAUCUACGAAGAUGUCCGAAGUGCAACAGCGGACCCUAGUGCAGAUAAUGGGAAGGGCUCGAGUCCUGCCCCAACCCCAGCUACAGCUUGUCGGGUACACCUCACCCUCAACCACCUGGUGUUCCACAAAGUGCUGGGAAAAGGCAGCUUUGGAAAGGUGCUGCUAGCAGAGCUGAAGGGUCAGGGUCAGUACUUUGCUGUGAAGGUCCUGAAGAAGGAUGUCGUUCUGAUGGAUGAUGAUGUGGAGUGCACCAUGGUGGAGAAACGAGUCCUGGCCCUCGCCUGGGAGAACCCUUUCCUCACUCAUCUUUACUCUACAUUCCAGUCUAAAGAGCACCUCUUCUUUGUAAUGGAGUACCUGAAUGGAGGCGACUUGAUGUUUCACAUCCAAGAGAAAGGCCGCUUUGACAUCAACAGAGCUACAUUCUAUGCUGCUGAGAUUGUAGUGGGACUGCAGUUCCUCCAUUUAAAAGGAAUGAUCUACAGAGAUCUGAAGCUGGACAACGUGAUGCUGGACAAGGACGGACACAUAAAGAUCGCAGACUUUGGCAUGUGUAAAGAGAACGUGUUUGGAGAGGCCAAAGCCACCACUUUCUGUGGAACACCAGACUACAUCGCUCCAGAGAUCCUGCUGGGACUGAAGUAUACCUUUUCAGUGGACUGGUGGUCUUUUGGUGUGCUUGUGUACGAGAUGCUGAUUGGGCAGUCACCUUUCCAAGGUGACGAUGAGGAUGAACUCUUUGAAUCAAUCCGGUCAGACGUCCCUCACUACCCUCGGUGGAUCACCAAGGAGUCCAAGAACAUGCUUGAACUGUUGUUUGAACGAGAUCCAAGUCGCAGACUGGGUGUUGUGGGGGACAUCCGUGCACACCCAUUCUUCAAAGUCAUCAACUGGCUGGCGCUGGAGAAGAGAGAAGUGGAACCUCCUUUCAAGCCUAAAGUGAAAUCUCCGAGUGACUGCAGCAACUUUGACCGAGAGUUCCUGAGCGAGAAGCCGCGUCUCUCCCAUGCUGACAAAAACCUCAUUGACUCCAUGGACCAGGCAGCAUUUGCAGGCUUUUCCUUUGUCAACCCCAAACUGGAACACUUGAUAAGCAAAUGAAAAAAACAAAACAAAAAACAAAAUGGCAUCUCUGGAAGUACAGUCUAAGCUGAGCACCCCGAAAUAGACUCUUAACCUAUUACCUUUAUCUCUGUGUGGUCUGGGGUCAACUGGGCCUGAGGUUAAAUAUGACUUCCUUCAGUUCCUCUGCCAGGGGAUGAGAUAAAAUGAUACCAAGAUGUCUGCCAGCGUCUAAAGCAAUGAGCCCGUCUCAGCUGUCAAACUGUACAGGUGUAUUAAAAAGUGUAAAGCAUCAGGAAAGUAAGGGAAAAUCUUAAGAAACCAGUGUUACCAUAAUCAUUACUUGGGGGGAGGGGGUAUUGUCAGUAAUGCAUUUAUUACCUUUCUGUCAUUUUUCCAUGUGAUUACACUUCUAAUCUAUAUCAGUCAUUCAGUGUACUGUAUCGUAAAAAUCUGAAUUCACAAGCAGAAGCAUGACGACCUUAUUGAAUUGUACAAACACAUACACUCGGUAAGAGAGAGGAGUGGUACACACAAAACUGAUUUUCACCCUGCGUGCUGUCGACUGUGUGUCUUCAAGUACAUCCCAUCUGUGUUUUGACUGUGUCGUAUCACAUGCAUACAAACGUCUGGGUGUGUGCAGGUAUUUUCUGUAGAUGCAAAUGAUGCUAUUGAGUACGAAUCCUCAGCUGGUGCAGGCGCUAUGGAAAGAAUUGUACCAGAAAGAUGAAGUGACUUUAAAUCCUUCUGAAUUAAUAAUAAUUAAUCAUUUCCUUCCUUAUUGACUGCACUGUUUUGUGAAGUCACAUACUUUUAGAAGAGAUAAUCUGUCUUUUUAAAUGAAUUAUGGAUUGUUACAUGGCACUCUUCUUGCCUAUAAAACCUCAUUCUGUAUCGUUCCAUAAAUAACCCUAAAUUUUAAGGGCACUCGUCAGACUUCCUGUAAAGAGUUGCAGCAGUGGUGUGGUGCUGUACCUGUACAUCUGUAUGUGUUGAAGGAUAUCGUGUUUUUAAAGGGGGGGAGGGGUAUUUCACUGUAAAAGAACACGUCUUUAUUAUGUCAUAAUACUUGAAUGUAGGAGUUUUAACAUGAAAAAAAUAAUAAUGCUGUAUAAAAAAAACGAAUAAGUAUGUCGCUAUGAGUUGUGGGUGUACUUUUUUACUCUCCUCAUCUUUUACAUUUGAUUCUAAAUAAAUAUACUGUAAAUUGAAAAUUCA